AUGAAUGUAAAACUUAAAUCUAACGCUAAAAAAUUAAUAGAAAGUGAAAAUAUUGAAGAACUGCAUCUAUUUUGUGACGGAUGUCCUGGUCACCAUAAUACGAUUUCUUUUGGCUCUGGUAAUGAAAAGUUCCAGAUAAUUAUUAUUUUCUUUUCGCAACGAGGUCACUCAUUCAAUGAUUGUGACAGGGAUUUUGGCACAGUAAAAAGCAAAAUUCGUCGCCUGGACCGGAUUUUCUCUGUAGAAGAAUAUGAAGACCUAAUAGUUUCUUCAUCUAGAAGCAAUAAAUUCGACGUUAGACAUGUAACUCACGUAGAUGUAACUGGUUUCGAACAGUGGUGGCCGGAUUUCUUUAAGAAGAAAGUGUUGUCUACACGAAGUCUUGGCAAACAAGUUCCAAAAGAAGAAAAGGUUAAUUUCACUAUCAACUCCUUCUAUGAAUUCAGCUUUAACUCAGAAAAUUUGGGUGUCAUAUUUGCCAAACCAUACAUUGGCAGCUGUGUUGAGGUACGCUAUCUUUUUUUGAAAACUCUACAACGAAGCCAUUCCGAAAAUAGCGGUGCCCGAUCUUUAGAAUUUUCCAGCCUAUGA